GCCGCUGCUGGGGUCUGGCGGGCGUCGCGCGCGGCGCUCCCCGCGGCCCCCCGUCUCGCACACCUCGCUCUUUUCACCCUCCCUCCUGCCAAAGCACGCGCCUCCUUGCCUCCCGUCCUCGCCUCACUCCGCGCCGAGCGCCCCCUCCUCCUCCCUCGUGCGACUGGCCGCCGCCUGCUGCUGCUGUCGCACCCCAGCACCGACCACCGCCCACGCCUGCUGUCCAUCUUUGCUGAUUGGCAGCAGCGUGCGGGGCGCGGCGAGAGGCCGCCCAGAUGACCUCGCGCACGUCGCGCACGCGCGUCACCAAGCUCGGCCACCGCCAGCCCCUCUGCAUCGCAAAGGGCUCGCUCGCACUCGAGAAUGCAGCGUCGGCGCUCACCACCGAUGCCGAGUUCGAGGGCCAGGAGGACCGCGACCGGCAUCUCGGCGUCGACGCGAGCGAAGUAGCGGAGCACCAUCUGCAGGCCGCGCUCUCGUCGACGCAGCUCGCCGCCGAUGCCUCCAACGGCAAGGCGUCGGGCUCGCGCGCCGCGUACCACAUCCCCACGCCCGACGCCAAGUCCGUCCUCGCGCCGGCGCAGUACUCGGCGCUGUACCCGUCGGGCGCCUACUCGGACCCCGUCACCUACGUGCGCUACUCGGACACCAUCGAGGAGGCAUUCAAGGGCCCGAGCUACUGUCUCGACGAGCACGAUGACGAGUGGCUGCGCGAGCGCAACGCCAAGGCCGCCGAGGCUGCGGCGACGGCGCUGCGCUCCUUCAAGCCGCCGCCGCCGCCCGGCGCCGGCUCGGCCAAGAGCAAGGGCAAGGAGCGUGCCCGCGACGAUCUCGCCGCCGCCAUGGUGCGCGAGAAUCCGGACCUGCGCGUGAUCAGCGACGACGAGUUCGAGAUGGUGAUCAGCGUCUUUGAGAGCUACACGUCGGACCGCGUGCCGUUUGUGCAUCUCGACCUCAAGACGCUGCCCACGCUCGACGACCUGCUGCCGGCGUUCGACGAGGACUCUUCAUUCUCGCAGCAGGCGCUGCCCGAGUUGCCGGAGCUGCCGUGGGAGGCGCGAGCCUCCACCUCCGCCUCUGCGGCCACGCCGCCGUCACGCAGCGUCGCCUGGUCGCCGGCGAAUCCGUAUCGCAACCUGCCGGCGCUCAAGGUCCUCGCCAAGGCCAUAUACCCGUGGUGGAAGGAGCGGCGCGAGGAGCGCGAGGGCAAGGCGCUCACGCCGUACCUCAACUUCGACGAGUCGAACGACAACGACCCCUAUGUCUGCUUCCGGCGCCGCGACGCCAAGGUGCUGCGCAAGACGCGCAAGACGGACGUGCUGCAUCUCGAGAAGCUGCUGCGGCUACGCAGCGAGCUGCAGAGCGCCACGACGCUCCUGUCGCUCGUCGCACAGCGCGAGAAGACGAAGCGCGCCAGCCUGGCACAAGAUCGCGCCUGCUGGGAGUCGGCGCGCGAGCUGCUCGACGUGAAGCGCACGUGGAACAUCCUCGGCCCGCUGCAGGGCGCCGAGGACGACGAGCUCAUCUCGGGCGAGAAGCGCGAAGACACGGGCCACGGCGUCGCCGGCGCGGCGAAGAAGAAGCGCAAGACGGAUGCAGACGCAGCCGGCGCCGUCGGCACGGUCCGCAUUCCCGCACGCAAGCCGCGGCCGAGCGAAGAAGGCACAGCUGCGGCCGCGAGCUCGAGCUCGUCUGCAGGCGCCUCGUCGGGCCCACAGGGCCUCGGCUCGCAGAUCAUGGAGCGCGUCCGCGCCGUCCAGGAGUACAUCGAGCGCGAGUGCAUGCGCAAGCAGGAGGCCGACCUCGGCUGGGAGGAGGGCACGGACACCGCCUUCCAGCCCGUGCCGGUGCCUGUCGACCUGCGCUGCUUCCGGCCAAUCCACACGGAGCUGUCGCUGGAGCACCAGCAGCGUCAGCAGCAGCAGCUGCAGCAGCAGAUGUCGCUUCUGCCGAUCCACCAGGCGCCCUCGCCGUCGACGGCAGCCGCCGCCACCGCCGCAGCCGCCGCAGCCUCUUCGCGCGCCAGCCGACCGCCGUUCUUUCGGCGGCGUGUCGGCCGCGGCGGCCGCAUCUUCCUCGACCGUCGGCUUCCUGCAGCGAGCCCUGCGCCGGCAAGUCUGCUCAACUGGCCGCGCAAUGGCGAGGCUGGUCAGCAGGCGCGCCCUGCCGCGCUUCCCGCUCCGCCGCUUCCGUCGGCCGCCGCCGCGCGUCUAGGUCCGACCUCGCCGGGCAGAGCAGGCGACAGGCGCGCCGCGCACCAGUCGCCGUCACAGCAUCUCACUGGGCCCUUCGCCUUCUCGCCGAGCGUGCGCCCGAGCCUGCUCUCUUCGCUCAGCAUUGCGCCCGACGUUCGCGCCACGGGCCCAUUCGCUCAGGCCGCAAUCGAGAGCUCGCAGGCGUCGGACUCGUCGUGUGCCUCGUCGGUCUCGAGCGACCGCUCGAAGCACAGCACCGACUCGUCGGGCAGCGGCGCCAGCACGCAGCCAACGGAUGUCGACGAGGAGUUCGACGUCAUGGCGAUGGGCGGCGACGACUUCGACAAGAUGUCGACGGCCUCCGAAGACUCGGACGGCGAGCCAGACGAAGAGCAGCUCGACCGCGCCCGCGAGCGCUGGCGCUACGAUGACGAGGCCGGCCGAUGGGCUGGCCUCGGCCUCACUGGCCUCGGCGGCAUGGAGGACGAUGACGAGGCGGUGCUCGACGACUUCGACCAGCGGUUCGUGCGCUACCGCAUGAGUCUGCUGCAGGAGUCCGACCUGCUCAGCCUCUCGACGGACCUGACGAACAUCAUGCAAGCGCAGGCGCACGCCACGCUCCCGGCGCCGCCGCCCGUCGGCAACGGCGUGCCGAUCUCCAUGGCGCGUCAGCCGUCCGAGGCUGUCAGCCAGGCGGCGCAGCACCUCGCCGGCGGGCCGCACGCUCCGCCCCACCAGAUGCCGCCCACGCAGCAACAACUACCCCCGCAGCAGCAGACACCGCAUUCGCAGCCGCGUCCGAGCUCUGCCGGCGCUCCUCAUCAGCAGCAGCAGCCGCAGCACCUCGGCGCAACCCCUCAGCAGCAACAGCAGCAGCAGAUGCUGCUCGCGCAGCAACAACAGCAGCAACAACAGCAGCAGCAGCAACAGCAGCAGCAGCAGUACGCCGCGCAGCAGUUCGCGCAGCGUGCGCAUCCCGACGUCGCCGGGCCGCUGGCCGCGCUGUCGGCACAGCAGAGCUUCCAGCAGGCCGCCAUCCAGCGCGCACUGAUCGAGUCGCAGCGUGCGGCAGCCGCGGCCGGCGCCGUGGGUGUGCCGCCGGGUGCGCAGCAGGGCUCGCCGCUGCCGCGCUCGCGCGGCUCGACAAGCGCCGGCCCGACGCAGCCUCAUCCGCUCUCGCAGUCGUUCAGCGGCUCGAGCCCGCAGCCGCACCAGGCCGUGCAACAGCAGCAGCAGCAACAGGCUGCGCAGGCCGGCGCCGGUGGCAUGCAGCGUGCAGCCACUGGCUUCCCCAACGGCAACGGCACCAAUGUGCUCGCCGGCACGCAGUUCGGGCACCAGGAUGCGCAACAGCAGCAGCAGCAGCAGAUGCACCUCGCACAGGCGCGCCACUCGUCUUCGCCGGCACCUGGCUCGACGAAGCCGUCGCCGCAGAUGCAGAGCGUCGGCGCCUUCCCCGGCAAUGGCGCAGCGCAGGGCCCGUAUCUGCAGCAGCAGAUGCAGCAGAUCCAGCUGCAGCUGCAGGCGGCGCAGCAGCAGCAGUAUCGCCAGCAGCAACAGCAACAGCAACAGCCGCAGCAGCAGAAUGGCGGCGUCGUGCCUGGCAUGGCGCCGCCGAACGCUGGCACGAUGCAAUUCAGUGCUGCGACGCUGCAGGCCCUCCAGGCUGCUGCCGCCGCCCAGGCGCAGCUACACGGCAGCAACGGCGCGACCGGCAACCUUCAGCAGCAGCAGCUCAUCGCCAUGAAGGCCGCACUCGCCUCGAGCCAGAACCUGCAGCUCAAGAUGCCGCAGAACCGCAUGGCGCAGAUCGCCCAGUCGGGCCAGCAGGGCGCGCUGCCGAACGGCGCUCCGCAAGCCGGCUCGCCACGCAUGGCUCCGCAGCAGGUGCAACAGCAGCAGCCGAUCGCCGGCGCUGCCACGUACGCUGCCCGGCCAGCGCAAGCACAGCAGCAGCAACAGCCGCAGCAGCCGCAGAUGACUCAAGUGCCAGGCCAGCCAGCACAGCGCGGCAGCCCAGCCCUCGGCAGCAAGGCCAAGGCGUCGCCGCAACGGAACGGCGCUGCCGGCCAGCCGCACCACUCGCCCUCGCCUGCGCCCAACGGCCGCUUCGGCUACGCCUCCUGAGCGCACUCAAGCUCCUCGCUAGCUCUCUUUCUCGUUGCUUCCCCACCGCUCUAUUCCCCAUCCCUCCUCGUCGCGCCUCCUUGCUGUACUCUAGGUCUCUUCUCUCUAGGCUUGCUGCCGUCUUGCCAAUCGAUGCGCGCACCUGCGCACGCGCCAACGAGCGCUUCGCCCUGCGGGGCAGAUUAUAUCACACGUCGCGUGACCGCGCACCGCAUCCACAUGGUCUGAGAGGUGGCUU